GAUUUGAUGAAGUUACUGUAUCCAAGGCAAGGCGGCUAGGUAAAUGAGUAGCAGCAGUGCAGCAGAACAGAGGCUUGGUUUUGGUUGUCACUUGUCACGCAGAGAAUGAGUUCUGGCCACAAAAGGAACCACGACAUCUCGCACACAAAUACAAAAUCACAGCCUUUAAUUUCUAAACUACGCCGAUGAGUAUAUGCCCCACCUCACAGAAGACUAAUCCCGCCGUUUUGUCUGCAUUCUCUCUCUCUCUAGAAACUUGGUUUCAUUCACGAGCACGCUUUCCUCUGUUUCUGGUUAAGGAAAUCCGAUCCCCCACCCCCUGAAUUGAAUAUAUAUAUAUAAAAUCUCGGGUUGAAAUUUACUACUGGUUUGGAGAACUCGCGGAUUGAUAGAAAUUUGAAUAAUGGCUCACCUCCAGUUGUUGAAAUAUAGUGUGUCGUCAUUUUCGAUUUCCCAGUUGAGUUCUCAUACAAAAUUGGCGUGCAGUUGCUCGGAUUUCAGCUCGGGGAUCAUAGGACAUAGAAGAAGGAGAAGAAAUUUUCGGUUUCAAAGCAAGCGGAAUCGGAGCUUCAGAUUAUUGAUUGAUCGGAAGCUUAGGGUUUCAUGCAGAACUCAGGACAACGAUACUCCAACCAAUGGUGAAGAACCUCCCGAGUCAUUGUUUAUGAAAGAAUUGAAGAAACGAGGCAUGACUCCUACUUCAUUACUUGAAGAAAGCAACAGAACCAUCUUUGAGGAUGAAGAAACAAAAAUUAAGGAAGAAGAUGGAGGUUUUUCUCGUAGAAAUGCCAUCUCGACGGAAUCAGGAAGAAACUUAACUAAUCAGAGAGAGCAGUCUAUGGCCCUUAAUAGUGAAGGCAUUGAGGGCUUAAUUCCACGGGCUAAGCUUUUGCUGACCCUUGGAGGGACGUUCUUUCUGGGAUUCGGGCCACUAAUCCUAGUAACCGUUGCAUUUUUCUCUGCUUUGUACCUGUAUUUUGGACCCACAUUUGUCCAUGAUGGAAGCAACUCUCGGGUCACUCCACCGCAAUAUGUUGAUCCUUAUGCACUACUCGAAGAAGAAAGGAUAUCCCAAACUGCACCCGGUCUAAAUUGAAGAACUCUGCUUCAAAUGUUUCUUUCACCUAUACUCUUCAACUUAAUGUUGUGAUCUAGUUAGGAAGUAUAGUAGGUUGGAAUUUCCGAGUACUAGGUUAAAGUUUUCUUUGAUCUACCAAUGUAAAAUAUGCAUGUACUCAAUUCCCUUGAAAGAAGAUUUCAAAUGAAUCAGCAGCUUUUUAUAGCA